AUGUUGCGUACGACUUUCUCCCGGGUGCGCGCCGCCUUCAAGUCCUACAAGUCCAUCCAAGACCCCCUCGCGCGUACCAAGCUCGACACGCUGGCAACGACGUCGUUCUCCCCCAUGAAUCCCGGCGUCACUAUCUUCCGUCCUUUCCCUGGCGACCCUGAGUCUACCCAGGGUACCCCCAAGCCCGCGCCCAACAUCGCGGCGCUGACCACGGCGUCGACGUCCUGUUCGCCUAUCAAUCCUGGCGCUACGCUGUCGCUCAUGUCGGCGCUGAUCCACAUGGACACGGGCGGUCAUCAACUGGGCAGUCGUUCCCGCGUGCUGGAGGACAUCCCGAGCACCUUGAAGCGCUUCGAGGUCCCCAAUGCGAUCGUGCUCACGCGCUUGCCUCCACAGCACCCUGCGUCCAGCCAGGCUCCCUCAACCCACCAGCUCGUCAAGACGCCCGAGCCAGGCACCAAGAUGGUGUCGAGGACGCAGCCCACCGCCGCUGUCAUUCCCGCCCCGCGCCCUUGGUUCUUCAAGCUGCCCACGUUCCUGCGCCCGCGCGAGCGCACCACGUACUACUCCGCCUUCGCUUGGGAGCACGAGGCUGAGACCAAGGUCGUCGGCAAGCCAAACCUCAUCCAGUAUAUCAUGUACGGCAGCCCCAACCCGGAUGGCAAGAUGGCCACGGCAAUGGUGCAGAAGCGCACGCUGUGGCAGUCGAUUCUGUACGGUGUGCCUGAGGAGGAGGGUGAGAAGACGGUGCAUGUGGCCGUCGCCGAGACGGAGACGGUGAAGGAUGUCAAGGUUGCUGAGGAGGAUGAGAAGAAGGCGGAGAGGAACAAGACAGUCGAUAUGCACCAGGGUACGGGCUAUGGUGUGAUGGCGAAGUAG